AUUCAUUGAAUCAUCGUCAUUCGCGCGUCAUUUUGGUGUUCGGUGCCGCUCGGUUGGAUUGGAAGAGGAACAGGAGCUUGAAGCUUUUUCUGUGCUAUUGCAAUUGUGCUAUCAAAACGCUAAAACAUUACGCUGAAGCUAUUGCAAUUGUUGUGCCUCAAACGCUUUUGUAGUUAAUGCGAGCGGUGUGAGUGGUGUGAGAGAGCGAGUGCUAGACAUCGAUCGUGUGCUGUACAGGUCGACGCUUCUUCGACCUCGACGGCCGUCGGCUGCGUCUCCGGGCGGUGUGUGCUUACCUUCGGCAGACCAAAUGUUAAGAAAUGCAGCAUUAUCACUGAAAUGCAUGCCCGCUAAGGCUUAUCAGAAGGCAGCAAACGAUUGUUAGUGGUGUAAAGUGUUGGUUUUCCUGCACUUGCCAGUAAAAACAUCCCAAAGAAAGCUGCAAAACCUCACAAAAAAGGUUUCUUCAGUAUCGCGUGUUUGGUUGUGUUAUUCCAUUGUGGUGUGUGAAUAUUUCAAUUUUGUGUUACAGUUAGCGCAAUUAUUUUGUGUGUGUUUCUGUCUAAAGUAUACCAGCGUACCAAGCCAGCAGAGGAAACAUGACGGAUGCACUUCUUGCCGACCUUCAGAACACGGUCCCCGGACACAAUCAGCAGCAGCAUGGUGGUGGUGGUGGUGGCGGUGGUUCAUCCGUUCCCGGAUAUGGUAGCUUGAAUGGAGUUCGGAACAAGCAGCAGACGAGUCCCGUUCCGCAAACAUAUCAAAACACCACCGCCAAAACGGUGACUGAGUCGCGUGCGACCAACGGCUACAAUGGCUCACUGCCCAGGUCGACGACACCGCACAACUCCUUGCCACGGUCCAGCACGCCCCAGAAACUGCAAACGUCUGCUUCCGGCAAUCUGUCCGAGCUGGAUUCGCUGCUGCAGGACCUGAGCAGCGCCCGGUACGGCAAUGUCGCCGAGAAGCAACCGAGCAACGCCAUCGUCACUAGUCCAUCUCCGUAUGCCAUUAAUGAUAGCAUUAAGCGACCGUCGGUCGACAGCCUGCUGGAGGAGCUAAGCAAUGCGCACUCCAACCCAAUCUAUGCGGUCCCGCACGGGAAUCAAAAUGCAAACCAACCCGGUCGGCAAGUCACGAUAACGGUGCGUGAGACUACGACGGAAAAGCUUACCGGUACACCAAGCGCACAGUAUCAAAAUCAGCUGUACCAACAACAGCUGGCCCAAAACGAGUCGCACACUUCGUCGGCCACGAAGGAAUUGGACGAUCUGAUGGCGUCACUGUCGGACUUCAAGAUCAGCGCCGGCACGUCGCACCAGCACCAAUCGGUGACGGACUACGCGAAGCCAAACCAGGGCACCUCGCACUACCAGAGCACGCUGACGACGGUCUCGACCACCGAGCAUCUGCCGCCGGCCUCGUCCGAUCAGCUCGAUUCUAUGCUCGGCAACCUGACCGCCGACAUGAGCCGCCAGGGUGUGAACACGACGCAGAAGGGCUGCUGCAACGCGUGCGACAAACCGAUCGUCGGGCAGGUGAUAACGGCCCUCGGCAAAACGUGGCACCCGGAGCACUUUACCUGCAACCACUGCAACCAGGAGCUGGGCACGCGGAACUUCUUCGAGCGCGACGGCAACCCGUACUGCGAGCCGGACUAUCACAACCUGUUCAGCCCCCGGUGCGCCUACUGCAAUGGGCCGAUUCUCGAUAAAUGUGUCACAGCGCUCGAGAAAACGUGGCACACGGAGCACUUCUUCUGCGCCCAGUGCGGCCAGCAGUUCGGCGAGGACGGGUUCCACGAGCGCGACGGCAAGCCGUACUGCCGCAACGACUACUUCGACAUGUUCGCGCCGAAGUGCAACGGGUGCAACCGGGCCAUCAUGGAGAACUACAUCUCCGCCCUGAACAGCCAGUGGCAUCCGGACUGUUUCGUGUGCCGGGAUUGCCGCGAACCGUUCCACGGCGGUUCAUUCUUCGACCACGAAGGGCUACCGUACUGCGAGACGCACUAUCACGCGAAGCGUGGAUCGCUCUGUGCCGGCUGCUCGAAACCCAUCACUGGCCGCUGCAUUACCGCCAUGUUUAAGAAAUUCCACCCGGAGCAUUUCGUGUGCGCGUUCUGCCUGAAGCAGCUAAACAAGGGCACGUUCAAGGAGCAGAACGAUAAACCUUACUGCCACCAGUGCUUCGAUAAGCUGUUCGGCUAGAGGGAUGAUUUAGCGGGUCGGUUGUGGUCGUCUUCCCUUCUUCUUUAAAGAACCAUUAUUACUGAAGGGAGUGUGGGGGGGGGGGGAUCCUUUAUGAUAGGGGACAUUUUGGGGCGUUACCGAUUGUCACAGCAACAGAGUUUUCAUGUCACGUCUCCCUGUUUUUUUACUGCGUAACGUCACAUCGUUAACACAUCUAAAUUUAAGCUUAAAAAUGAUUUUUUUUAUUAUCUUUAACUUAGAAGAUGUUUUUUACGGUCAAUUCUACAUACACGAUGUGUCCCACAAACCGUUCUAAAAUCGAUCUAACUCUAAGUGCGUCAAUUAAUAAUUAGCAAGGUUACUGCUAUGCGUGCAUGCAGUUUGAAGAUGGGAAGAGAUUCCCUCUCCAUUGCCCAAGAUCCCUCUCACUCUACCCCACGAGCACACGGGACAACACAUCCAAUCGGAGUGGAGAACGGCUCUAGACGUAUUAGUAGAGUGUAUUGUGUGUUUUAUGAUGAGAAGAAGCUUACAAACAUGUGUUGAAGUUGAAAACUAACCGCGCGAAACGAUAAUUAUGAAUUCACACGUAAACCCGGGACUGUUCACCCCCUGUUCGUUGUUCUCCUUAACAAAACUAAAAGGCUGCACUCAUCGACUAGUGAUGUAGUCCCCACAACCGUACGAAAGUAUCCUAUCCGUACGACGAGUAGCAACGAGAGAAGUUUAAUGAUUUGCUGGCAAAAAAAGAAGCAGUCAAUGAUAUAUAUAUAUACCAGCAGAAGCGAUAACUUAUGUAGCUGUAGCUAGCAAUGUGGAGCAAAGUAAGUAAAAAAUCGUAUUUUACUAUUUAACCCUGUUUUUGGCUCGCGUGAGCUCCCAGCCUGCGGAGAAAGAGAGAGAGUGUAUCUUAUAUUUGUGUUACGAAAACAAAAUUCGCGUUACAAAGUUUUCUUCUAACCCCGAUUCUAUCGUUAUACAAAAACCAACUAGCCAUUAUAGUGGGAAUUCCAGCAUGUAGUAAAAAUAGUCAACGAUUUUCCUCUGAAAAUGAUACACAAGUGAACACACACUACACUAAACCCUUGCCAUUUUUUUGUCGCACAACCUUUGGUAGAAAGGAAGGAACAUGCGGAAUGAAAAAAACCGUUUGAACUAAAUCAUCCUGUAACACAUGCCAAUAAUAAUAGUAAUAAACGAAACCAACGUUGAACUUUCUGUUCACAUAAUUGAA